UGCCUGCUAGCAGGCUGGAGCCCGGGGCAGCUUUGGCAUCUUGAUCCAGUCAGUGACCAACUCCUGGCUUCGGAAAUCUGCUGCUGGUCCCCCUCGCGUCCCUUCCAGCCUCCCUCCCGCCACGAGGGCGAGCCCAGCGGCUUCGGCUGAAAGGGAGCGAGAAAAGAGGAUUCAAGAGAAGAAACACCUGGCUGGGUCUGGGUGGCGUCUGCAGUGCCAGAAAGGGCGGCGGUGCUGGUGGAGCUGGUGGCGGCGGCGGCGGCAGCAGCUGCGACCACGGCCGCUCGGGACCUGAGGCCAGAGAGCCACCGGCCGCGGCAGCUCCAGCUCCAGCGCCUCUCGCCGAGGCCGUUAGUCAGCAGAACGCAAGCCCGUGGGGAGAAGCAGGGCCAGCGCGAGGAGGCGAGUCUCGGGAGCGCGAGUGGGCCCUCUCGGGCGCUGCCGUCUUUCUUCGUCCCGUCGCCGGGGACAGCAGCCCUCGUCCCUCCUUCUCGGCCGGGCCCGCCCGCUGGUCGGGAGAGUCCGGCAGCGGCGGCAUCGCGGAUCGCGCCUUGUGGAGGACAGUGCGUCGGCAGAGGCCCCCUCCCAGCCCUUUCUGCCAGACACCUUGGCUGCGGCCCCUCAGGUGCAGAAGAUGAAUAACCUUUCAUUUAGUGAGCUAUGUUGCCUCUUCUGCUGUCCACCUUGUCCAGGGAAAAUUGCUUCAAAAUUAGCAUUUUUGCCACCUGAUCCAACUUACACUCUAAUGUGUGAUGAAAGUGGAAGCCGCUGGACUUUACACCUAUCAGAACGAGCUGACUGGCAGUACUCUUCUAGAGAAAAAGAUGCUAUUGAGUGUUUCAUGACUAGAACCAGUAAAGGCAACAGAAUUGCCUGCAUGUUUGUGCGUUGCUCACCCAAUGCCAAAUACACCUUACUCUUCUCACAUGGAAAUGCUGUUGAUCUUGGUCAGAUGAGCAGCUUUUACAUAGGACUGGGAUCACGGAUUAACUGUAAUAUAUUCUCAUAUGAUUAUUCUGGAUAUGGUGCAAGUUCUGGGAAACCAACGGAGAAGAACCUCUAUGCAGACAUAGAAGCUGCUUGGCUUGCUCUUAGGACAAGAUACGGCAUUCGCCCUGAAAAUGUGAUUAUAUAUGGCCAGAGUAUAGGGACAGUACCAUCUGUGGAUCUUGCUGCUCGGUACGAGAGUGCUGCUGUUAUUCUUCAUUCUCCUUUGACCUCAGGAAUGCGAGUUGCUUUUCCUGAUACCAAGAAGACCUACUGUUUUGAUGCAUUCCCAAACAUUGACAAAAUCUCUAAGAUAACCUCUCCAGUAUUAAUAAUUCAUGGGACUGAAGAUGAAGUCAUUGACUUUUCACAUGGCCUCGCAUUGUUUGAGCGUUGCCAAAGACCUGUGGAGCCUCUGUGGGUUGAAGGGGCAGGUCACAAUGAUGUGGAACUUUAUGGACAGUACCUUGAAAGGUUGAAACAGUUUGUGUCACAGGAACUGGUAAACUUGUAAAAUAUUCUGUAAAUUUGCGUACCGGAUUUUCUUUUGCUGAACUGCACUCUUUGGUAAAUAAUAUAAAACCUGAAGGUUUUGUUUGCAAAUCAUGUCAGUUGCCUUCAUAAAUGUACAGGUAAUGAUUUGUUAACAGACUUAAUGAAGGUUUUAAUUACCAGAACUAUAACUGGAAAUAACAGUAUCAUGCAGUCAAGCUGUGUAAUUUAUAUUUUUUCUGUGAAUUUUUUUUUAACAUCAAGAUGAGUACUGUAUGAAAUUUUAAUUCUAUAAAAUCAAAUGCUGUAAAAGUAUUGCCAAAUGCUUUUGCAUAUGAGAAACAAAUUUAUAAAUAUUUUUAAAACAUCUCAAUGUACUAAAUCUUAUCCUGGUAUACAAAUGUACUAUUCUUUCAAUAAAAGCUGUAUAUCUAAAACAAUUCAAGUACUCAACAGAAUACUAAGGAAACACACAUUCACUAGAGAUAACCUAAACCCUGUUGUACAGGGAUAGAGGUGUAAACAAUUAUUCUAUUGUAAAAUACAUUGAAUUUUCUGUAUUCCCUGGUUAUCAUACAUUUUCUCCUUUAAAAAAAAUAAAAAAAUGAUAUGUCUUAAUUUUUAUGCCAUCUGUUAAUUUACCAGCUAGUUACCUUGUAAAUGAGAAGUCAUGAUAGCACUGAAUUUUAACUAGUUCUGAUUUAUAAGUUUGGUACUGUGAGGCAACUACUUAAAAUUUUUAUUUUAGUUAUUUAAAAGGCAUUUAGAGCUUCCAGAAUGACUUUUGUAUGCAAUGUUUUAAAUUUUGGCUAAUCUUGUAAAGUUGCAGUACUCUUCCAUAUAAAACAACCUGAAAAUCCAUUGGAUGUUCUUCAAGACCACAAACAGACUGGCUUUGGUCCCUUUUCACUUUGGCUAUUUUUAACAAUAGACCUACUGUUUUGGAGAUUUCAUGGAUUCACUCCUGAUACAGGAGAUAAGAAAACAUUUAAUUCAUAACUUUUAUAUUAACCAAUGUAGUAAAAAAAUAAAGCUCACACAUAAAAACUAAGUUGCCUUUCCUUGAAUGAAUCAUUCCUGAAUAAAAAAAGAAAGAAAAAUAAAAAUUAAAUUAAUGGUAUGUAGUCUAAUUUGUAAAUGAAUGCUAUUGAAAUAAUAUACACUGUGGAUAUAUUUUAAGGCCUUAUGUAGUUUUAAUUGUUCUGCUUGUUCUGUGGUUAUGUCUAAGACUAUAGUAUAUGAUUCUCUUCAAAGUAUAUCAAGUAUUGUGAAUGCUUUGGUUCAGAUGUGUCAAAUUAACAGUAAAACAACAAAUAUACCACUCA